CUUCGCUGCGCGCCCGCCCCACCAUCCCUUCCAGCGCCCGCGGCGCCUGUGGUGGUGCGGCACACCCGCGCCCUGGAGCGUGAACGCCUUCUGCAGGUGGAGUGGGAGGACGGCAGCUGCAGCCUCUACCCCUACACCUGGCUGAGGGACAACUGCCUGUGUCCGCACUGCACCCUCCAGUCGGCCCAGGCACGCAGCCUGCUGCUCUCCGAACUGGACGUGCACACGGGCGUGGACAGCGUUCAUGUCACAGAGGACAACAAGGUGUCUAUAACAUGGCCUGAUCAGCACAGCAGUAAGUUUAAUCCUGAUUGGCUGAAGAAGCGUUGCUUCUCUUCAGAGGCAAGACAGGCUAAACAAGAGGAGCUUUUCUUUAACGAGCGUGAGUACUGGGCCUCGGACCUACGCAUCCCCACCGCCAGCUUCCAGGAGGUUCUCCACGACGACAAGGCGGCGCUGGACUGGCUGCUGGCUCUGCGCCGCGUGGGCAUCGUCUACCUGAAGGGGGCGCCGGCGGAGCAGGGCCAGGUGGCGCGUCUGAGCGAGCGCAUCGGCUACCUGAGACUAACCUUCUACGGACACACGUGGCAGGUGCAGGACAAACCCAUGGCUAACAACGUGGCCUACACCUCGGGCAAACUGAGCCUUCACACAGACUACCCAGCACUGCACCAUCCACCAGGGGUCCAGUUCCUGCACUGCCUGGCGCAGGCGCGGGAGGGUGGCGAGAGCGAGGCGGUGGACGGCUUCCACAUGGCCGAGCUGCUGCGGCGCCGGGACCCCGAGGCUUUCCGUGCCCUCACCUCGCUACGCGUCGACUUCUCGGACACCGGCACCGACUACUGUGAUUUCGCUGUGCAGUCCAAGAACCACAUCAUUGAUGUGGACAAUGAGGGCAGAGUGGUGAGGAUCAACUACAACAACGCCACCAGGGACUCCGUGCUGGACAUGCCGCUCGACAAGGUCCAGCUGUUUUAUACCUCACUCAAAACCUAUGUGAAGCUGAUGACCCAGCCUGAGAACAUGGUCACCUAUACGAUGGAGCCAGGCGACCUGGUGACCUUUGACAACUGGCGUCUGCUCCAUGGCCGCAAGAGCUAUGUGUCGGAUCCCAACUCCCGUCGACAUCUGGAGGGAGCAUACCUGGAUUGGGACGAGGUUAUGUCCCGUCUGCGGAUCCUUCGUAAGGCUGUGCAUGAAGACAACUAAACCUCUCUCUCUCUCACACACACACACACACACACACAUUUUGGGGGGGUUCAACCCUUCCCAGAGAUUGGGGGGUGUUCAACCCUUCUCCAGAGGUUUGGGGAUUUAACCCUUCCCCAUAGAUUUGAGGGUUACCAGUACUUCAAGUGCGUGGUUUAGUGAUACACCUCCGGUCAGUGAAGCCGGAGUAAGCCGCUAACCUCCAGAACGAAGAGGCUAUUCUGUCACAUUUUUGCUGAUUUGUGUAAGUGUAUUGUUUUGUUGUUUUGUACAAAUGCAGGAUCCUGUUAGCCAGUGUGCCAUAAAAUGUUUGGGGAUACAAGGGUAUGCCUGUAGUCCUCCUCUGUUAUUCUAUAUAUAGCUCUAUUUUUUAUAAGAGUGUACAGGUCUUCACUUUAGCUUUACAUUCUGUAUGAUGUACGGACAUCAGAUCAUGUACGACUGAUAAGAGGUGUAGAGAUAAGAGAUCUAAAGAUUCUAUCUUCUAAAACAUGCUGCACUUAGUGGAGUGGGCUUUCCACGGUCAUAAUGCCAGUAGAUAGAGUGAGAGAUGAAGCUGCCCAGAGCCAUAGAGAGGGAGUGUGGCGACACUCAUGUACGCCUCAAUAGACCCUUUCAACAAUAAAAACAAAAACAAUGCUUGAACGUUCUAUUUGGGCCCCAAUCUACUUCCUCUGCAUUAAGAUAACAUAUGGAAUGUUAAAAAAAGGAAGCCCCGUGGGG